AUGGACCAUGCCAAGGAGCCGUCUCCCACGCGGGCGUGGUGGUCGAGGGACACGGUGGCCGUGGUGACGGGCGCCAACCGGGGCAUCGGCCACUCGCUGGCCGCGCGGCUCGCGGAGCACGGCCUCACCGUCGUGCUCACCGCGCGGGACGGCGAGCGCGGGGAGGCCGCCGCCGCGCCGCUCCGCGACCGCGGGCUCCCCGUCGUCUUCCGCCGCCUCGACGUCUCCGACCCCGCCUCCGUCGCCGACUUCGCCGCCUGGCUCCGCGACACCGUCGGCGGCCUCGACAUCCUGGUGAACAAUGCCGCCGUGUCGUUCAACGAGAUCGACACCAACUCGGUGGAGCACGCGGAGACGGUCCUCAACACCAACUUCUACGGGACCAAGCUGCUGACCGAGGCGCUUCUGCCCCUCUUCCGGCGAUCGCCGGCCACCAGCCGGAUCCUCAACAUCAGCUCUCAGCUUGGCCUUCUUAACAAGGUGCGCAACCCGUCGCUGAGGAGGCUGCUCCUGGACGAGGAGGCCCUGACGGAGGGCAAGAUCGAGGCGAUGGUGUCGCAGUUCCUGGCGCAGGUCAAGGACGGGACGUGGGGUGAGCACGGGUGGCCCAAGGUGUGGACGGACUACGCCGUCUCCAAGCUGGCCCUCAACGCCUACACCCGCGUCCUGGCGCAGCGGCUGCAGUCCGGCGGCGAGCGCGUCAGGGUCAACUGCUUCUGCCCCGGGUUCACGCGGACCGACAUGACCAAGGGGUGGGGCAAGCGCACCGCCGAGGAGGUGGCCGACUUCGGCGCCCGGCUCGCGCUGCUCCCGCCCGGCGAGCUCCCCACCGGCACCUUCUUCAAGUGGCGCACGCCGCAGCUCUACUCCAAGCUCUGA